CAUCCCGCCAGUCCAGCUCUACGGGCUCUAAAAACUCAGCACAAUAAUCAUGUUCUUCACAAACAUUUCUAUUGCAAAUGCUAUUUUUUUAGUUUUAUUAUACCAAUGUUUUUCUUCUGAUUCGGCAAAUGGUUCAAAGCAAUACAAAGUAUCACGGAUAUCACAACUACACCGAGCUCAAACUGCAUUGGCUUAUAACAGAAGACAUAAUGUAAUAAAGUGCUGCGGUGCGGAAAGGUGCUCAGAUUUGAUACGAAAAACAAGUAACAAAUCAGUGACUGCUUCAAUUUCAAAUAUAAAAAAAAUAAUAACCAGUUCUUCCAUGAACCGCCAAUCUGAGACAAUUUCUGGGCAAGUAGAAGUAGAAAUCACUUCAACAAAUCAGUCCCCAGAGGGAAUUAUUGUGGAAGAAACGACCAUCGGCGAAAUUGUAACAGAAAUAAUGACGGAUGGGACUUCCCAGAGUAUACUAAUAAGUGCUUCUGAUCCUCAAACCACGCCACAAUUAACUACCACGUUAUCAACUAAUACACAAUUGCCUAGCAGUUCUAUUAGCGGAUUAACUUCCGAAAAGUUAAUCAAUACACAAUCAACUACCACACAAUUUAUAACUACUACGCAAUUGCCUACCACAAACUUUUCUACAACACAAUUAAAUAUUGCAAACGUAGCUAGCACACAAUUAUCUUCUACACAAACAACUAGUACAACACAAACAACUAGUGCACAAUUAACUGCUGCACAAUCAAUUAGUACACAAUUAGCUACCAGUUCUACCACAAAUUCUCCAAGCACACAAACAACUUCUUCACAAUUAACUAGCACACAAUUACAAUUAACCACAACACAAUUAAUAACUGCAACACAAUCAACUACCAAACUACCAACCACUACCACCACGGUGUUACCACAAACUACUUCAACGACGACGCCACCAACUGCAUUCAAUCCAAUCUGCAAUUCAUCCAUCAGUUUCAAACAAGAUCCGAAUGUUUUCAACACCGAUGGCCAUUUGAAAGAUCCAGAUAAUUACGGUUUCUGGGUGCAAACUUGCGACCGGUUGUAUUUGUUCGGGAAAUCUCUGGCUACCUGGCAAGAGAACUUUGAAAAUUGCAACAAAAUCGGAAUGGACCCUGUCAGUUUUGUAAACGUUGCUGAGCAGCAGUGUUUCAAGUUGUUACUCCCCAACUGGAAAUACAGCGCCAAUUACUGGACCGCUGGUUUCAAGGUGGACAACGUGAGCGACAAGUUUUCGUGGUGCUCCAAAAACGGCUCAACCACUGUGAGCAACACGGAAAUUUUGUGGGACAAAUCCGGAAACGACUCGCAGUACUGCUUGCACCUGAAUGUGGACAAAGAAAACUCCACAUUCUCUUUAGUGCAAGAGUCUUGCAACAAUUCACAAAUGUUAGCGUGCCAGGGGAAACCGACACCUGCUCCACCUUGCUCGGCUCCAUCCUGCCCAAAUAUGACAUGUGAAAAGGAUAAUGCAUUCUUCACUGGUGACGGGAAUCAACAAUAUUUGACUGAGCCCCGAUUACAUGGCAACUGGUUUACAUAUCAAGGGCGGAGUUACAUGUUUAGUUAUGAAAAUGACACAAAAACGUUUAUCGAAGCAAUGACCACGUGCUGCGCAAUAGGAAUGAAAUUGCUCAGUCUUGAGUACGACUACAAAUAUAAAUCAGUCAGUGCUGCCAUCAGAGAUAAAUUUGCAACUGAGGGUGUUUACUGGACGUCAGGAAGUAACCGCGGUUGCAAAUCUUCGUACGGUUAUUGCUCGGUGAACAGGCUUUUGAGGGACGAGGCGAUUUGGGCGCCGGGACAGCCGGACGACGCAGGAGGGAAUGAAAGCGCCCUUGCCGUUAAUUUAAAUGCCACCCACGCACUGCUCUCUGAUUUUAAUGAAGAGUCGGAAUUCAGAUACGUUUGCGAAGCGAGACCUGUUUCCAAAGAUAAAACAGGAAGCACGGCAUUGAGAGAUGAGUGCGCUAUGAUAUACAACAUUACUCAAACUGAAAUCGAUAAUAUCAUGAAUUUAACAACAUACGACUUGCGGUUGAAGUGCUUCAUCAAAUGCAUGGGUGACAGUUCAGGCUUGAUGGUCAACGGCAAAUUUGUGUCAAAUGAAGUGUUGGCGAUUUUGGAAAAAAUGGCUGGUGGAAAUUCAGACGAGUUGAAGAAGAACAUGGGCGUUAUGGGCGAGUGUGAAAGCUCGUCAUCAGCCGGCAUGGAUGACUGUGACAAAGCGUCCCAAAUGAUUCAAUGCACCAAAGAAAAAGCCCCUGAUGUUGUGAACGGUGUGAUCACGGCCAUGGAUCAGUCAAUAUCAGCGGCGAGUAGCAGUAAUGUAGUUGCUAUGAGGGAGGCUUUUUGCUACGAUCCAUCUGCAUGCUCACAAGUUAAUACCACCUUGAGACAAGAGUAUGAUGGAAGUGGAGGUGGUGGCGUCAACAUCACGCACGGAUAUGUUGUCACUCCCUGUAAUUACUAUAAAUAUCUCAUAACGUUAGGAACCAUGAAUUAUUCUCAAGCUUAUGAGGCCUGUUGCACUUACGGAAUGACAUUGGUAUCUGUCAGAAACGUCACAGACGUAAAUUGUCUCGCGAGAAUGAAUACUAUGGUUGGAUCACGUUGGAUGUGGGUGGCCGGAAGCAGAAUAAACAGUCCGGACAAUCCUCGGUGGUGCUCAUCGAACGCCUCAUUUGAUCUGAGCGGCUUCGCGACCGUCCACGGUGACCCUGACCCUUCCUUGGGCUGUUAUGCUAUUUAUCCAACAACCAAAGAAAUAAAAAUUGCGGCUUGUGAUUCCCAGCAGUAUGCUAUUUGUACGUGAAAAAAUUGGCUCCAAUACAAUCAGUUUUAUUUGCAACUAAAAAAGAUAACCUUUAAAUUUUUAACAUAAUUGUAUAUUACGUGAAAUAAAACCA